AUGCAUUCAGCCACAACACCACCCUUCUCUCAGCUUUUCACCUUCCAAGCAAACCUUCAAACUUUCCAAUCAAGAACUCCCACCCUUUUCUACUCCCCAACAAUGUCUUCACUUUCUGGUGCUAAAAUCAGAGUGAAACCACCACUCGCCUUGGGUAAUUCUUCUCCAUCUUCAUCCACAGUAUCAGACGAUGAUGGGUCUUUCACAUUGAUAGAGUAUUUAGGUAAGGGAAGAGGAAUAGGUGUGAACGAUGAUUUGGUGGUGUUGAUUGAUCACAUACAGUACGCUUGCAAGAGAAUUGCAGCUCUUGUUGCUUCUCCUUUCAAUUAUACUAUUGGAAAACAAACGGGUCUUGCUCAUGUGCCAAACACUGGUUCUUCUGAUAGGGAUGCUCCAAAGCCUCUUGAUAUUAUCUCGAAUGAAGUGAUCUUGUCCUCACUUGAAAAAUCUGGAAAAGUUGCUGUCAUGGCUUCUGAAGAAAAUGAUUUACCAACCUGGAUAAGUGAUGACGGUCCAUACGUGGUCGUGACAGAUCCCCUAGAUGGUUCUCGAAAUAUCGACGCAUCCAUUCCAACAGGUACAAUUUUUGGUAUUUAUAGGCGCCUUGAGGAGCUGGAUAAUCUACCAACUGAGGAGAAGGCUUUGCUGAAUUCACUCCAAAGUGGGAAUAGGCUGAUAGCUUCUGGCUAUGUUCUCUAUUCAUCUGCAACUAUACUCUGCAUCACCUUUGGUUCUGGUACUCACGCAUUCACGCUUGACCGCUCAACGGGAGACUUCGUUCUCACAAAUCCAAAUAUUAAAAUUCCUCCCCGCGGGCAAAUAUAUUCGGUAAAUGAUGCAAGAUAUUUUGAUUGGCCUGAAGGUUUAAGGAAAUAUAUAGAUACUGUGAGACAAGGAAAAGGUAGAUAUCCUAAGAAGUACUCUGCGAGGUAUAUAUGUUCUCUGGUGGCGGAUCUCCACCGAACUUUGUUGUAUGGGGGUGUGGCUAUGAAUCCGAGGGACCAUCUUCGUCUUGUUUAUGAAGCAAACCCUCUUAGUUUCCUUGUGGAGCAAGCUGGUGGAAGAGGGUCUGAUGGAAAAAGUAGGAUUCUUUCGCUUCAACCAGUUAAACUUCACCAAAGACUUCCUCUCUUUUUAGGGAGUUUGGAAGACAUGGAAGAGUUGGAAAGUUAUGGAGAUGUACAACAGAAAGUAAAUCCUGGUUAUGAGGUAUGA